GGAAGUUUGUUCCCAGGCAGCUCAGUCAGUCAGUCAGUGGGAAGUUUCCCCUAGAGGAGGCCACACAUUGCUCAGAGAGCUUUCCCCAUUCCUGCAGAGUCUUGAGCCGGGAGGUCGGACAGACAAAGGGUCUGCACUGAGGGUUUAUUCUGUAGGAAUGUGAGGUGACCUUGUUGUGACCUUGCAGGAGACGCAGAGAGUCGCACACAAUCGCAGGCGGCCUGAGCUGAGCGCUGGGAGAGGGGAGAGGAAUCUCGGGUGCCGCUGCCAGUCUCAGCCAUGGGUGACACAGCUUCCAAGCAGCACCCUGCUCAUGGCCGGCUCAUGACUAUGGGAGACUGACCCUAGAUCUUUAUCUCUCAUUACUGCUUUGUCUGUAGCGACGUCUCCUCGGCCGCUGCUCCCCCGGCCCGGGGGUCUCUCAGAGGAUUUACAAUGGGGCUUCCCACCCUGGAGUUCAGCGAUUCUUACCUGGAUAGCCCAGACUUUCGGGAGAGGCUGAAAUGCCACGAGAUCGAGUUGGAUCGGACCAAUAAGUUCAUUAAGGAGCUGAUCAAGGACGGGAACAUGCUGAUCGCAGCGCUCAGAAACUUGUCUAUGGCCGUGCAGAAGUUCUCCCAUUCGCUGCAAGACUUCCAGUUUGAAUGUAUUGGGGAUGCAGAAACGGAUGAUGAAAUCAAUAUCGCUCAGUCGCUGAAGGAAUUUGCCCGCCUGCUGAUAACGGUGGAAGAGGAACGAAGGAGGCUGAUCCAGAAUGCCAACGAUGUCCUGAUAUUGCCACUUGAAAAGUUUCGGAAGGAACAGAUAGGGGCAGCCAAAGAAGGAAAGAAGAAGUUUGACAAGGAAAGUGAAAAAUACUACUCUAUUCUUGAGAAGCACUUGAACUUAUCGUCAAAGAAGAAAGAAUCUCUUCUACAGGAGGCCGAUACGCUGAUAGACAGAGAUCAUCAGAACUUCUCCGACGCCUCGCUGGAAUAUAUAUUUAAAGUGCAAGAGGUUCAGGAAAAGAAGAAGUUUGAGUUUGUUGAACCUCUCCUGGCGUUCCUCCAAGGCCUCUUUACCUUCUACCAUGAGGGAUACGAGCUGGCUCGAGAAUUUACGCCGUACAAGGAGCAGCUGCAGUUCAAUUUACAGAACACGCGGAAUAACUUUGAAAGCACUCGGCAGGAGAUGGAGCGCUUAAUGCAGAGGAUGAAAUCUGCAGACCAAGAUUACAGACCACCGAGUCAGUGGACAAUGGAAGGCUAUCUGUACGUACAGGAGAAAAGGCCCCUUGGGUUCACAUGGAUUCGGCACUACUGCACAUAUGACAAAGGCAACAAAACAUUUACUAUGAGCGUCUCUGAAACCAAAUCUGGAGGCAAGGUGAAUGGACUGAUUUCUAACUCGGCGGAAAUGUUUAAGCUAAAAACUUGCAUAAGACGGAAAACAGAUUCUAUAGACAAGCGGUUCUGUUUUGACAUUGAAGUCAUUGAAAGGCAAGGGAUCAUUACUCUUCAAGCUUUGUCUGAGGGCAACCGCAAGCAGUGGCUGGAAGCAAUGGAUGGAAAAGAACCAAUUUACACACUGCCGGCGAUAAUCAGCAAAAAAGAAGAAAUGUAUCUGAAUGAAGCUGGAUUCAACUUUGUGAAGAAAUGUAUCGAUUCCGUGGAGACUCGAGGUAUCACUAUUUUGGGACUUUACAGAAUUGGAGGCGUUAACUCUAAAGUGCAGAAGUUCAUGAACUCAGUAUUCUCACCCAAAGCCCCUCCAGAUAUGGAUAUUGACUUGGAUCUGUGGGAUAAUAAAACGAUAACGAGUGCACUAAAGAACUACCUCAGAUGUCUUUCUGAACCUCUGAUGACCUACAAGUUGCACAAGGACUUUAUACUUGCAGUCAAAUCAGAUGAUCAGAACUACAGGGUACAAGCCGUCCAUGCCCUUGUCCACAAGUUGCCUGAAAAAAACCGUGAGAUGCUGGACAUCUUAAUCAAGCACCUUGUCAAGGUAUCAAUGCACAGCCAACAAAACCUAAUGACAAUCUCUAAUCUUGGCGUCAUUUUUGGGCCAACUUUGAUGAGAGCGCAAGAAGAAACCGUAGCAGCAAUGAUGAACAUCAAGUUCCAAAAUAUAGUGGUGGAAAUUCUAAUUGAGCACUAUGAAAAGAUAUUUCACACAGCGCCAGAUCCCAACGUCCCACUUCCACAGGCACAGUCACGUUCCAGUUCCAGAAGGUCUAGAGCGAUCUGCCUUUCAACUGGACCAAAGAAACCCAAAGGGAGAUAUACACCUUGUUUAGCCGAUCAUGACAGUGAUUCCUACAGCAGCAGCCCGUCCAGCACGCCCAUGGGAAGCAUUGAAUCCCUUUCCUCCCAUUCUUCAGAACAAAACAGCACGACAAAGUCGGUAUCAUUGCCACAAAGGGAUAAGAAGGGUGGUGGGAUUCCAUGGGUGACCUCUACACCCUCAUCAAAUGGCCAGAAAGGUUCUAGCCUUUGGACUACAAGCCCUGAGUCAAGCUCAAAAGAAGAUACAUCGAAAACAGAUGUUGAGUCAGAUUGUCAGAGCAUUUCCUCUGUCACCAGCCGUGGAAAUGUCUCUCCUCCCAUUGACUUGAGCAAGAAAAAUCUUUAUGGAUUGUCGGGGCUUAAACGUUCCACGGCACCCUCCCUUCGAUCCUUAUCUUCUACUGAAGCUAUUGGCAUUAAAAGUCGAAGUCCGUCAACCCAGAGUUUGACUUCCCUGGACCUGCAGGAUAUUCCGAAGGUUCAUCCAGAUUUGCCUCCAAAAAUCAUGAGAAGACGACUGGACACGGGUUCGAGCAAUGGCUACCAAAGGCCAGGAUCAGUAGUGGCAGCAAAGGCUCAACUGUUUGAAAACUCCGGAUCCCUGAAGCAAUCACCCCCUGGCCGCCAAGCGAAAGCCAUGUAUUCCUGCAAAGCAGAGCACAGCCAUGAGCUUUCCUUCCCCCAGGGGGCGCUGUUUACUAAUGUUUAUCGAUCCGUAGAACCGGGCUGGCUGAAAGCAACCUAUGAAGGCAAAACGGGAUUAAUUCCAGAAAACUAUGUCGUCUACGAGUAGCACUACCCGCAGGCGUCUGUAUUUUCAUGGUAUCCAUGGUGACUUAUGAAAAACUACGUUUUUAUCUGACACAGAUAUAGUAACCAGCCCAAGCGCGGAGCAACGGCGGUGGCUUAUGGCUUCCAUUGGGACACUUGUGUAAAAGUGAAAGACUGAUUGAUACGUUGCUUAGUGGACAUGAGCCAAUGGAAACUCAGUGGAAGUAGAUAGAGUGUGAGGCAUAUGCCCAGCAGUUACAUUUAUACAUGGGAGCCGCAGGGCCAGGGGUUACCUGCAUAAGAGCCCAUGACAUGUAUAAAUUGUAAGUUUUAUAUAUAUAUAUUACUAAUAAUUGGCACAUAUUAUAUAUAAAUGUAUAGGGAUACAGACACAGAUCAUAUCUCUCUGCUCACAAUGGAAUAUAAUCAUGCUACCGUAUAUACUCGAGAAUAAGCCGUCCCGAGUUUAAGCCGAGGUACCUAAUUUUACCUCCAACAACUGGGAAAGCUUAUUGACUCGAGUAUAAGCCGAGGAUGAGAAAUGCAGCAGCUUCUGGUAAGUUUCAAUCUCGUUUUUGGAUGACUAUUCUUAGGCGCCGGCUACUAUUCUAAGGCGCCGGCGAAUAUUCUAAGGCGCCAGUGAAUAUUCUUAGGUGCCGGCUACUAUUCUAAGGCGCCUGGCGACCGUUUUUGCGCUUGACCAGAGUAUAAGCCGAGGUAGAGUUUUUCAGCAUAUUUUGGGGGCUGAAAAACUCGGCUUAUACUCGAGUAUAUACGGUAUUAAUAAAUAGGCAUUGGUAUAAAGAACAGGAGGGAAUCCGUUUGGGUUUUGAUGAACGUCACUUGUGAAGAGUUUUGUGGUACCAGUCCCAGGUACAUAGGCAAGAAGACAAUAUACUUCUAAGUACUCUUGGCCAAAGCAGUUGGGUUUUAUCUGUCUGUUUAAAUGAAAGCCAAAGAGUAACUAUAAGGCUCAUCUAUGGAGAUUCUCAUUCAUCCAGGUCAUUAUAUACAGUCAGGGCCGCCAUUAGAAAUCAUGGGGCCCCGUAAAACAAAAUUGUCGGGCCCCACCCCAGAUCCCGCC